GGACGCGGGAGGUCGUAGUGGUGCCGGGGUGACUGUUUACAAGCGACCCACGAUGGCAACAGAACGAUACAGUUUCUCUCUCACCACUUUUAGCCCUUCUGGGAAAUUGGUGCAGAUAGAAUAUGCACUUGCAGCAGUGGCUGCUGGUGCUCCAGCAGUGGGCAUCAAAGCAAAGGAUGGUGUCGUAUUGGCCACAGAGAAGAAGCACAAGUCUAUCUUGGUAGAGGAACACUCCAUCAUCAAGGUGGAGAUGAUCACCGACCACAUAGGCAUGGUGUACAGUGGAAUGGGUCCCGAUUAUCGCCUUCUGGUUCGUCAAGCCCGAAAAGUUGCACAGCAGUAUUUCCGUACGUACCUGGAACCUAUCCCAACCACUCAGUUGGUUCAGCGUCUAGCAGCUAUCAUGCAAGAAUAUACACAGUCUGGAGGAGUGCGACCAUUUGGGGUGAGUCUGCUUAUCUGUGGGUGGGACACCGACAGACCAUACCUCUUCCAGUGUGAUCCAUCAGGUGCUUAUUUCCCUUGGAAAGCUACUGCCAUGGGCAAGAACUUCAUAAAUGGAAAAACUUUCCUUGAAAAGAGGUACAAUGAAGAUCUUGAACUGGAUGAUGCUGUACACACUGCCAUUUUGACCCUGAAGGAGAGCUUUGAAGGUCAAAUGAGCAGUGACAAUAUCGAGAUCGGCAUUUGCAACUCCAGGGGAUUCCGUAGACUGACUCCGGCAGAGGUGCAAGAUUAUUUAGCAAAUAUUGCUUAAAUGUAGUGUACAUCAGUAACAUCAUCCUGGAACUUUGCUGAAUUUAUAUUGCAGAGUUAAUGCCAUGGUACUUGUUGACACACACAAGGCUGGUAUGCUAUAAAUUUUAUAACAUGUUAGUUGAAAAAAGGGCACAUUUUUGUGUUGUAUGUGGUGGCAUUUGUGCAAAGAUCAUAAUUUUUGCAAACCUCUCAUUGUGGUACGCAGUUGUGGCCAGUCUUUCUCAUGUAAUAUUUGUUGACAUGGUUGUAACGGUUUAUCACAGAAAUGUUUGUGUAAUUUAUGAAGGACAGCAGAUUCGUUUCUCAUAGACUUAUGGUCAUUAAUAUUGUUUUACUAAGGAAUUUUCAUAAUGAAUAAAUACAUUGUGUAAUACAAA